GUAGUCGGGAAUCUGCCUUUGUACAUGCCAUCUCCUCCGCUGGAGUUGUUUUUGCCAUCACCAGGGCAUGUAGCCAAGGGGAGCUGAAGUCCUGCUCCUGUGAUCCCAAGAAGAAAGGCUCUGCCAAGGACAGCAAGGGCCAUUUUGACUGGGGCGGCUGCAGCGAUAACAUCGACUACGGCAUUAAAUUUGCCAGAGCUUUUGUGGAUGCCAAGGAACGGAAAGGAAAAGAUGCAAGGGCGCUGAUGAACCUUCACAACAACAGAGCUGGAAGGAAGGCCGUGAAGCGGUUUUUGAAACAGGAGUGCAAGUGUCAUGGUGUGAGUGGAUCGUGCACUCUAAGGACCUGCUGGCUGGCCAUGGCAGACUUCAGGAAAACAGGAGAUUAUUUGUGGAAGAAAUACAAUGGAGCGAUUCAGGUGGUCAUGAAUCAAGAUGGCACAGGUUUCACUGUGGCUAAUAAGAGAUUUAAGAAGCCAACUAAGAAUGACCUGGUAUACUUUGAAAGCUCUCCAGACUACUGUAUCAGGGACAGGGAUGUAGGGUCCCUCGGGACAGCUGGUCGGGUUUGUAACCAAACCUCCCGCGGCAUGGACAGCUGUGAAGUGAUGUGCUGCGGGAGAGGCUAUGACACCUCCCGUGUCAGCAGGAUGACAAAAUGUGAGUGCAAAUUCCACUGGUGUUGUGCUGUGCGUUGCCAGGACUGCCUAGAAGUGGUAGAUAUUCACACCUGCAAAGCUCCCAAGAGCGCUGGCUGGAUCUCCCGGACAUGA